AUGGGUAAAACAUGUAGUAGUAGUUGUUCUUGGGGAUUGUGGAUCGGAGGGUUUGGAGUAGUGGAGCCUAUGAUGAGGAAACUACAAAGCACUUUCUCACGUCCAAAAGGGGUGAAGCAGGGCCAUUUUUUGGUGAUUGCAACACAAGGGUGGAAGCCAGAGAGAUUCUCUAUUGAGUUGGAGUUUUUGGAUCACCCUGACUUUGUGAAGUUGUUAAAGCAAGCUGAAGAAGAGUACGGAUUCUCUCAGGUAGGAGCACUUGCAAUUCCUUGCGAACCAGAUGACUUGAAGAGAAUCAUUACAAGGAAAAAGAAUAGGAACAAGGGUAUUGCUAUUGCCUGUUGGGUUAAAGGGCUUAGAGUUGCAUGA